AUGGAAAAGAAUCCAAGAGAAAAUGCCUUGGCCUACGUACUGAAUCAAGUACAAGGAGUCAAACAUUUCAAGGAUGCUCAAGAGAAGUUAAAAAAGAGCAUAUAUGAUAGAGGCUUUCUUCUCUUCAAAAAGGUUAGGGAGAAACUUGGUAAAGACAAGUUCGUCGAAUUCCUAAAGCAACUGCAAAGGUAUAGCAAUGGAAUUAUAGAUUUGACGGAGUUUUUAAACUUGGUGGACGAUGCAGUUCGAGACGAUCAAGAUCUUAUGAACGACAUUGAUGCUUUUUUGGAGCAUUGUGAUAAGGAGCAGAUGAAUUGGUCGCUUAGGAAUGAAAGUUGA